UCAGGCACUUAACCUACCAACUUCACCCCUUCAUGAAUGGGGACGUUGGCCCGGAGUGUUGUGGGGUGGUGUGCCCCGCCACACCCGAGGACGCCCCCGCCAGCGUAGGGGCUCCGGGGGGCGCCGCACUGCUGCAGGAGGAUGCCACUGGGAAGGCUGCCCCGACCAAGGGGGCGGCCGGGGUCUCCGAGGCUGUGCCCAGCCCUGGCCCCGCCCCCCCUCAGGAGAAUGGGGAGAUGACACCCAACGGUAGUGGGGGGCAAAGUGCCUCAUCCCCCGCCCCCCCAUCACCCACACCCACGCCCUCCACCACCACUGAUGCUGCUGCCACGGAGGGGCUGGCCCCGACACCCUCCAGCGAGACCCAGGGCACCCAGACCACACCUUCCCAGACCCCCACGCCAGGCAGCCCCCCAACCUCCCCGCCGGCCACCCCUGCCCCAGGCCAGAUGCCCCCUCCACCGCCGCCAGCCCAGCCCCUCAGUAGGGAGCAGAUCAAGCAGAUGGUGGCCCAGCAAGUGGAGUACUUCUUCUCCAGGGAGAACUUGAGCAGCGACCCCUACCUGAUCUCCCAGAUGGACAGCGACCAGUACGUGCCGGUCUACAUCCUCGCCAACUGCACCCAGUUCAAGAGCAUCACUAAGGAUCACAGCAUCAUCGUGGAGGCUCUCAAAGAGUCGCCUUUUGUGCAGCUGGACGAAGAGAGGAACCGAGUGCGUCCCAACUACAAGCGGUGCAUCGUCAUUCUCAGGGAAAUACCAGAAUCCACGCCCAUAGAGGAGAUAGAGUCGGUGUUCAAGAGCGAGGAGUGUCCCAAGGUUGUGUCUUGUGAGUUCGUCCACAACUCCUCGUGGUACGUCACCUUCGAGAGUGACGAGGACGCCCAGAAGGCCUACUGGUACCUCAGGGGAGUGGUCAAGACUUUCAAGGACAAGCCCAUCCUGGCCCGCAUCAAGACCAAGCCCAUGUCCCGGUUGGGCUGCCUGUCUGUCCUGCCUUCCUACGGGGGCAAGGCUGGCGGGGGAACCGGGGAGGCCAAGGAGGGCCAGGGCAGUGCCACGGGCCCCCCCUCGGCCCAGCCCUCACCCGGUGCCGCGGCGGGGGGGGGCAGGAGUGGGGCACCAGGCACCCCUGGGCCCCCCGGAGGCUCCUACACUCCGUCUGGUGGGGCGCAGCGCUUCAUGUUCUCUACCCAGCAGUCGGUGAACCCCGGCUCCUACACCUACUCCUACUCCACCCCAGCCACCGCCUAUUUCUACCCCAAUGUGAUGCAGUGGACGCCGCCGGGGGGCUUCUACGACAUCAACAGCUUCCUGCAGUUCAACGGGCUGUCUCCACAGGGCACCUUCACCCCGCAGAACCACGGCCCCAACUUGCGCUAUCCCCCAGGCAGGAGAAACCCAAAACACCGCGACGGAGGGCGCUACGACAAGGGUGAGGGGCGGCAGGGGGGACAAGGCAACCCCCCAGGUCACUACCCCCGCCCACACCCCCACCACCACCGUCCCCACCCGGCCCCCUCCCCCUCCCAAGGACCCCCACACCGGCCUCCCAGCCAGGCCCCUCCAUCUGCCGCGACACCUCCCCCACCACCCCCUCCGCCUCCCCCAGUCUCGUCUGGUGGUCCCGGUGCCCCGGCCCCGCCCCACCCCGACAGUUUUGCUCAGAGUGAUUUCCCCCUCACUAGUCAGCCGGGGCUGUACACUUCCUUCAGCCCCCCGGCGGCCCCCGACAAGGAGGUGGUGACUGUGUCCAAGCCUCCUCCACCCCCGCCAGCCACGGCCGCCCCUGCCUCCACCGCUGCUGCUGCCGCAUCAACGCCGCCGCCGCUCCCGCCGCAGUCUCCGCCUGCUGCCAGCACAGCCUCAGGCGCUGCUGCCGCCGCCCUGCCGCAGGACAGCUCCAUGGCUGAGGGCCCGGCCAUCACCUUGCCGCCCGCCCCUCACCCACACUCGCUGCCGCCUCACCUCCACCCGCCUCCACACCAACCACACCAUAGACACAACCACCACCCCCACCAUCACCACCACCACCCCCCGUUUCCCCCGCCCCAUCACCUCGCGCAGGGGAUGCCAGGCCCACCACCGCCCCCGCCGCCCCACCGCCACGGGAACUACCCACCAGACCACUUCCACCAUCCUCACCACCCACACCACCCACCCCACCUCCACCAGCAGGGGCCCAGACCAGUGCACCGGAACCUGCGUCGCAGACCCCGGGGCAGGGAGGAUGAGGCCAUGGGUGGGCAGGGUCGAGGCGGCCCACCCCAGCGAGGCAACGGCCCGCCCCACCAGCCCCCGGGAGGCCCUGAUGGGAAUAAGCAAGGCGGCCCCGGCUCACAGGAGGGUACCCCAGCCCCCCCACCUCCUCCCCCACAGUUUGACUUGGAGGCUGCGUCCUUCCCGCCUCUGCCAGGUUCAGAUGAGCCUGCAGUGGUAGUGGUGGAGCGCCGUGCUGCCGACCCCUUGCCCAGCGCUUGGGGUGACACCCAGCGCUUCUCUGACGUCAUGAAGGGUGGCCCCAAACCCCGCCCUGCCUCCCUGGGCGAUGCCCCACCUGAGGCUGCCACAACCCCCACCACCACCACCACUGCCUCCAACACCACAACUACACCAGGGGGAGCAUCAACUGCAACUUCCACUACCACCAUAGCCCCCAACACCACCUCAACCACUACCACCAACACAGCCUCCCCCACCACUCCUACUGCAGCCCCCACAGUUCCUGCCCUGCCCACACCUUCCACUACUACCAGCACCACAGCUGCAGCUACCACACAGCAACCUAGUCACACCCCCAACACCACCACCACCACCAGCACAGCAGCAACAGUAGUAGCAGCAGCAGCAGCAGCAGCAGCCCCCACCACCUCCACGACCACCACCACCAGUACCUCCAACAGCAGCACAGCACCACCGCAGCCCCCCACCACCACCACAGCCACACCAUCAGCCAGCAUAGAUCACAGCCAUACACCUCAACCGCCACAGACACCCACCCCCACAGCCGCCACCGUCACCACUGCCCAGAUCACUGCCGCACCCCCCAAGACCGAGCCCCGGCCAGCCCCACGGGACCAGCGACCGACUGAACGCAGACCAGCCGGGGCAGGGGGCAGUAGCAACGCCACCACCAGCAGUAGCAGCAGCGGGGCAGGUGUCACCAACGGCCCCAGGGAGCGACGGGAGUACACGAGGGAGUACCCACAGCGAAGCGGGGCAGGACGGGAAUUCCGGGGCAACAGGGACCCCACACUGAGGACAGGAAAGGAGAACCGCCCCCUCCGCCCACCCCGGGAGGACAAGAUGGACGCCGACGGGUGGAUAACGAAGGGGUCCAGGGAGAGCCGGGCACAGCGGGAGAGCAGGGAGCAAUGGGAGAGGGGGGAGAGCUCCUCCUCCUCCACUUCCUCCAACACCAGACACCACCACCACAAUAACAAUAACAAUAAUAACAACAACAAUAAUCACCAUCAGUUCCACCAUCACCACCACCACCACCAUCACCACCUGGUCAAUGGGGACUCUGCCUCGCCGCCCUCGUCACCCAAGCCUCAGAAGGGUGAGUGUAGCACCAGCAGCAGCAGCACCAGUAGUAACAAGCUUGCGAGUGAGGAGUGCACAGAGGAGGCGAAGGGACUGCCAGCCAGGCCCCUCAACAACAAUGAUGGGGAGCACAAGACGAGUUGGGCUAAGAUGGCGCUGGCCUCCAAGGACCACAUGGAGAGGCUGGCGGCCGAGCUCAAGGAGAAGGAGGAGCAGGAGAAGAUUAAGAAGCAGAGACUGGCCACACGCCCUCAGCCCCGGCCGCAGGAGAAGGUGGUGCAGCCCCGUGAGCGUGACGGCAAGCUGCUCCGCCGCGACGCUCCGCCCCGAGACCCCCGUGGCCUACCAGGGGAACGGGGCGGACCCAUCCCCUUCCGGCCCCGGGAUGCAGCUGCUGCUGCCACCCCAAAGUCCCCGAAGUGAGGGGCUGGCGGGGGUGGCUGCUGCUGCCGCCACACCACACCCACGCCCCCUCCAGUGCCUACGCUGUUCGCCACCCCGUGUAUAUAGCCGCCCCGCCCUGCCCCGGAUGCAAUGCCCCGCCCCGGGUCUGUGACAGACGACAACAGGCGACUGGUGCCAAACGUGGGCGCCCCGCUUACCUGUACAGUUGAGAGUUUAUUUUUUGACGACACUACUAGCCGGGGUGGUGCCGCCCGCCCCGCCCCACCUCCGGGCCUCCGGCGGCGGACAGACACACAGACAUAGUGGCCGAGGCUGCCGCCGCCGCCUCUGGACGAGUUGUUUCGGCUGAAUCAAAAGUGUUGUUGUUGUGACGCUCGGCCGCCCCGGUGCUAAGGCCCCGCCCCGCCCCCUACUUGGCUGUGACCCGGCGUGGCCCCGGAGGACCCCCGGUUGUGAGUGGGCACCCAGCGCUGCAGUGAGCACCCGUGUGUGUGUGUGUGUGUGUGUGUGUGUGUGUGUGUUGUGUGGGUGUGGGUGUGUGCGCUGCAGCCACGCACACCACAGACAGACAGACACUGGGACGGUGACACCAUGGUUGUUGUUUUCACGCCCCACCCUGCCCCGCCCCUAGUGUGUACAUAGUGCUGGGCCGGGGCCAGGGCUGUACAGCGUGCGCGUGUGUUUGAGUGUGUGGCCACAGACACACAAGGGGCCUCACCAGGCAGACAUCACCCUGCCCUGCCUCGCCCCACCCCGCCCCGCUGUGGACCCACUGAGUGUGGGCGUCAUUUUAUUUAUUGCUUUGUUUUCUUCUUCAUGGUUUUUGUUGGGUAUUGAUGCUUCCUGUGUGUGUCGGGAGGCUUCCCCGCCCUGCCCCGCCCCGCCCCAGUGCUACUUAACGACAAGACAACUAUGCACGGGCUGGACACCCACUGCCGUCACCCCCCUCCCCCCAGUUGGCCAUAUUGUAUUGUCUGGUCCUUCUGUGGGGUCCACUCCCCCUACCCCCCCAGCCAUGGCAUGCAGGGAACAACAGGCCUUAGUAAGUUGUUGGCCCCCUCCCCCCACCCCUCCAGCACAUUUUCUUGGUCAUCAGAUUUUUCCUUCCAUCAAAUUUAUUUAUAUUUUUAUAUGUCUUAGUUUUCUGUUUAAGUACUUUGUUUACUCCCCUCCCCUCCUCCCCCUCAAGCUGAUGCUGCUGUUGCUGCUGCCACCGCUGCCGCUGCCACAGUGUGUUGGGGCAGCAGGGCGGGGCGGGGCGCCGUGUAAAUAUUGUUAGGAAAAACAUGGCUGGACUUUGUAUUUUAUUUAUUGUUUGUCCCUGGGGUGGGCGGUGUGGCCUGUCCUAGGGCGGGGCGGGACCACCCCGGGGCCAUGGCAGCCUGGCGCCGCCGCCACCACAGUACAACAACAACAACCAUCACCACAACCACCAUGCCAGUCUCCCUCCACCCCUAUCCCCCCUUCUUUCCACCACUUCACCCCCGCCCCCUUCCCGCCCCUCACAGCUCAGGAAGAGUAGCGUCGUCGCCAGACUGCCGCCCCACUGCCCCCCCGCCCCGCUCCGCCCCCUCUCCACACUGGUGAGGUGCAAGUUUUGCAGGGUGGGGCACUGUGGCCCUGCCCUGCCCCGCCUGAGGCAUCAGUGCUUUCCCCGGGCUGCCCUGUGCCCCGGAAGACGAUGUUAAUAAUUGUGUGUACAUGUGUGUGUGUGCGUGAGUACAUAAUGUAUGUGUGUGUUUCCAUGUGGCUGUGUGCGCGCGGCGCCACCCUAAUAUGCAAGGCGUGCGCGUCCUGUGUGUGUAUGUGUGUGUGUGAGAGAGAGAGAAAGAGAGUGUGUGUGUGUGUGUGUGUGUGUGAGUGAGUGCGUGUGUGUGCAGGAUCUCAUCAUCGUGGACAUAUUUAACAAGACCACCGCCGCCGCCGCUGCCACAAGCAUCCUUGAGUGAUUCUCUGGACGGAAGGGCGGCAGGCAGGAUCCCCUCUACCUAUAGCCCCCUACACCCCUUCUUGCCCCCCCCCUCCCCCUGCCUGCCCCCUCCAAUCACACUUCCUCGCUCAACACAAACCCUCUUCAGUUGUAUUAUUAUUAUAAUUAUUAUUAAUUAUUGUGUUCUCAUUUUGAUCACAGGAAGUUUGUUUAUGUUGGUUCAGUUAUCAUUAUUAUCAUUAUCAUUAUUAUUGUCAUUAUUAUUAUCAUUAUAGUUUGAUGGAUGAAUGAAUAAUAAAUUAGUCGUGGUUUACA